AUGUUCCGGUCAAUUCGUCGCGUGCCUCGAUCUGUCGCUUUUCUGUCUGCUCCGUCCCGGGCAUUGCGCCCAUUCACGUGCGGCUAUCCUCGGAUGGCGCCCGUUCAACCCCCCAUCUCAACUACACUCCCCGCCGACGCGUACCAGCUCCUGUCCACCCAAGAAAAGGCAGGGGAGGCUGAGGACGCUCUUUUUGACCAACAAAUUCAGGAUGUGAAAUCCUGGUGGAGCUCGCCUCGUUACGAAGGCAUAAAGCGCCCUUACUCCGCAGCCGACGUUGUGAGCAAGCGCGGGUCCCUGCAACAAGCAUACCCCAGUUCUCUGAUGGCUCGGAAACUGUUCAAUUUGCUCAACGAGCGAGCGGCUGCUGGGCAGCCUGUCCAUACAAUGGGAGCUAUCGACCCAGUACAGAUGACGCAGCAGGCACCAAACCAGGAAAUCCUCUACGUCUCUGGCUGGGCUUGCUCUUCCCUCUUGACUAGCACCAACGAGGUGUCCCCCGACUUCGGCGAUUACCCAUACAACACAGUCCCCAACCAAGUCCAGCGUCUCUUCAAAGCCCAACAGAUGCAUGAUCGCAAACAAUGGGAUACGAGAAGAAAAUUGACUGCUGAUCAGCGGAAAGCAACACCAUACAUUGAUUACAUGCGGCCAAUCGUCGCAGAUGGCGAUACUGGACACGGUGGUCUGUCAGCAGUUCUCAAGCUCGCCAAACUCUUCGCGGAAAACGGUGCCGCGGCUGUCCAUUUCGAGGAUCAGCUCCAUGGCGGAAAGAAGUGCGGCCAUCUUGCGGGCAAGGUACUCGUACCAAUGGGUGAGCAUAUCAACAGACUGGUCGCCGCCCGAUUCCAGUGGGACAUGAUGGGCUGUGAGAACCUGGUCAUUGCCCGCACGGAUUCCGAGAGUGGUCGACUCAUCAGCAGCGCAAUUGAUGUUCGUGAUCAUGAGUUCAUCCUUGGCGUUGCAGAAGAUGUGGACCCUCUUGCGGAGACCCUCCAAGCCAUGGAGCGGGAAGGUGCCUCGCCAUCGGAGAUCGACGCGUAUGAGCUUGACUGGGUUAAGAAACACAAACUGGUUACAAUUGAUGAAGCUGUCGAUGCCCAUCUCGCAUCAGAGGGCGCACCUCAAUCCUCUCGAGAUGGAUACAGAGCCUAUGUCAAGGCCAAUCCUGAUCUUCCCUUCUCUCGCCGCCGGGCCCUGGCGAAUGAUUACGCCAGAACCCCUCUUGUCUGGUCUUGCGACAUCCCACGUACCCGUGAAGGAUACUACCACUACCGCGCCGGAUUCCCAGCUGCAACCAAGCGAGCGAAAGAGUUCGCACCGUACGCAGAUCUCCUCUGGGUGGAGACUGGUGACCCAGACGUUGAGAAGGCGGGCAAGCUGGCUGGACAAGUUCGGGAGGCGUACCCUGGCAAAAAGCUCGUGUACAACCUGAGCCCGUCGUUCAACUGGAUGGGACAAGGAUUUACCGAGGCCUCCCUCAAGUCCUUCAUCUGGGACAUUGCCAAGCAGGGAUUCGUCCUUCAAUUGGUCUCACUCGCCGGUCUGCACACAAACGCCACCAUCACAACAGAGCUGUCCCGCGCAUUCAAGGACGAGGGAAUGCUGGCCUACGUUCGUCUGGUGCAGUCUCGCGAGAAGGAACUCGACGUCGAUGUCCUAACCCACCAGAAGUGGAGCGGCGCUCCUUACAUGGAUGGUAUCAUGGGGGCUAUCCAGAGCGGAAGUAGCAGCAGUAGGAGCAUGGGCGAGGGAAACACCGAGAAAGGUUUCUGA